AUGGCAAAAACAAAAUUGAUUUUGGUUUCUUUAGAUAAUGUUAGUGAUGUGAUUAACAACGAAUAUAAUGUUCGCUUGAAGGCUUCAAUUUCUUGUUUACGUUACCUAUUGGGACAAGGCAUGGUAUUUCGUGGUCACAUGGAAGGUGAAGAUUCCCUUAAUAGGGGAAAUUUUCUUGAACUUUUAAAAUGGUUGAAGGCACAUAAUGAAGUUAUUUCAAAAGUGACUUUGGAAAAUGCCCCUGGAAAUUGUCAAUUGACAUCUCCAACUAUUCAAAAAGACAUCAUCAAUUGUUGUGCUAAAGAAACAAUGAAGAGAAUUGUGGAUGAUCUUGGUGAUGACUACUCUGCUAUAUUAGCCGAUGAAUCUAGUGAUGUGUCCCAAAAGGAACAACUAGCUCUUUGUUUGAGCUAUGUUGAAAAGAAAAAGGGAAAGGUAGUUGAACGAUUCAUUGGUCUUGUGCAUGUUGGUGAUACUACAUCUUUGUCUCUUAGAAGUGCAAUUAUGACUUUACUUGUUGAACAUUCAUUAAGCCCAUCCAAGAUUCGAGGGCAAGGAUAUGAUGGGGCUAGUAACAUGAAGGGUGAGAUACAUGGACUCAAGACUUUGAUCAUGAAAGAUACUCCAAGCGCUUACUACGUACAUUGCUUUGCCCACCAGCUUCAACUAACAUUGGUAGCCAUUUCAAAAAAGAACGAUGAUUGUAGUUGGCUUUUUGAAACUGUUAGUAUUUUGUUGAAUGUAAUUGGAGUUUCUUGUAAGAGAAAUGAAUUGCUUCGCGAAGUUCAAGCAUAA